UACUUCUUGUUCCAUUGCCACCCUGUCCACUCGCUUUCCCGUUGGGGUCGCCUGCGGCCCUCGAAUAUCUCUACGAUUCUAAAGUACUUUUCUCUACGGUAUCGCGACUUUGUUACAGCGCAUCAUGUCUGCUGCUGUCGCCCCGACAGUUUCGACCAGCUUAGCCGACACUAGUAAUUCCCCCAUGGACUCGAAAAACGACGUUUUGAAACCGGAAGACUCCAGAGCGCAAUCCUCAGACAGCAAAGAUCAGAAGCCAGAUGUAGAAUCGCAAAACUCAUUGGCGCCCCCCCCUCGACCAACGGCUACAGACACUCCCGACUACUUCAACUCGGUUCACAACCCCUUCUCGCUCGAACCCAACCCGUUCGAGCAAUCUUUCAGCGGUAAUAACGGCGGUGCUGGAGGUGCCGGUGCAUCCAAUGAGACCCCCGGCAAGUCGUUGCUUCCUCCCGUCGCCGCUCUUACCUCCCCAGCCUUGCCCACCACCGGUUCGACCAGCGGCUAUAAUUGGACUAACUCAUUGCGUUCUGGUCCCUUGAGUCCUGCCAUGCUCGCGGGUCCGACUCCUUCGAACGAUUACUUUGAUAAUAUUGGCAGAGGCUUUCCUACUCCUAACGAAUCGUCUCUGCGUACCGGUCUGACCCCCGGUGGUGGCGGCUCCAUGUUCCCCGCCCCAAGUCCCAAUUCUCAAGCCAUCUUCCAGCAAUUGCAGAGUGGUGGCGCUACUCCCUCGACCAUCGAGUUCCAUCGCACUGCCCUCAACGCCGCCAAGAAGAACGGAAUCAACGCACCUACCUCCAACCCAACAACCGAGCCCCAGCAAGAAACCCAAACGACGGCCAUGGAUGUCAAGGAGAACUCUCAGCCCGCCGUGGUUGAUCCAUUCACGCACCACGAUGCGGCUGACGCGGCCAACGGACUCUUCAUGCUGGCUAAAGGAGGCCAGCAGAAUCAGUUCCAACCCACGAAUCAGCCUUCAAUACCCCCACAAACUAUGCAGAACGACCAACGCGACGCGGGUCCGAACACCCGACGAGCGUCGCAGCAUGCGAAUGGCGCUGCCGCGAACAAUGGUCGUGAGAUGAGCGACGCAUCUGAUCUACAGAGUGAGCCGACCAAACCAGCUACCAGAGGCAAGGGUAAGAAGGGUGCGAACACGCGGGCUUCGAAUGCAGCCGGCAACCGGCGGAAAGCGGAAGACUCGCCGGCCAAGGGUCCUAACAAGAAGCCCAAGGCCAGUGCUAGCCUGGAGCCUCUGUCGGAUGAAUCCGAUGAAGACGAUGAGAAACCCAGAGGUCAGAUGGAUCCCAAGAAGAUGACUGAUGAAGAGAAGCGACGCAACUUCCUUGAACGUAACCGAGUUGCGGCUCUCAAAUGCCGACAGCGAAAGAAGCAAUGGUUAGCCAACCUCCAGAACAAGGUUGAACUUUUCACCACUGAGAAUGACGCCCUUACUGCCACUGUUACCCAACUGCGCGAGGAAAUUGUCAACCUCAAGACUCUCCUGUUGGCUCACAAGGACUGCCCUGUCUCGCAAGCACAAGGCAUUGGCCCUCUCAUGAUGAACGGCAUAUCAUCUGGAUACGAACCGCAUCCAUAUAAUAUCCCCAACAACAUGGGCAUGCCACCCGGCGCGCCGAUGCCUCAGAGCAUUCGACGGUAAUAUAUAAUCAGCGCUUGAUGGCGGUCAAAUGAUGCCUGGGCCGCUUUCGAUAAUCCUUUUCCCAUCCUUCUGAAUCCAGCUAUUUGCUUCUCAGCGCGCAUCAGCCGACAGGGCGGCUAUCUUUCUUACCCCGGGGUUAGGUAUUCCUUGCCUUCUUUUCUCAGGCUUCUUUAUUUUCGGCUGCGAGCUUUUUCUUUCACGGGACCUAUUU